AUGGGUGUGCCGAAGUUUGCAAGAUUUAUUUGUGAAAGAUACCCUUGUAUUAUUGAAUUGCUGAAUGAAUAUCAGAUUCCGGAAUUCGAUAAUCUGUACUUGGAUAUGAACGGCAUAAUCCACUGCUGUUCGCAUCCAAACGACGCUGACGCGCAAUUUCGCAUCACCGAGGAGACGAUAUUCAAAAAUAUAUUUCACUAUGUUGAAGUACUGUUCCGUACGAUAAAACCCCAGAAAUUAUUUUUUAUGGCUGUCGAUGGUGUUGCGCCACGUGCUAAAAUAAACCAGCAGCGAGGACGGCGUUUUCGCGCGGCCAAAGAAGCCGAGCUCGUUGAAGCAAGAGCUCGCGCCAAGGGUGAAACUAUACCUGAGGAAUCGCGCUUCGACUCCAAUUGUAUUACUCCUGGUACACUUUUUAUGGCCAAGUUGACCCAACAGCUGAAGUAUUUUGUUACUUACAAAAUAUCUACCGACAAAUUGUGGCAGAAGUGCAAAAUUAUUCUCAGCGGUCCUGAGGUACCAGGUGAAGGCGAGCACAAAAUAAUGGAUUACAUAAGAUACAUGAAAUCCCAACCAGAUCACGAUCCCAACACACGUCACUGUCUUUACGGACUGGACGCAGAUUUGAUAAUGUUGAGUCUUUGUACCCACGAGCCACAUUUUGCAGUAUUACGUGAAGAAGUAAAAUAUGGAAAAAACGUACAAAAAUGCAUAAUACCCGAAAAAACAAAGUUUUGCCUGCUCCAUAUUUCUCUGCUCCGCGAGUAUAUGGAGCACGAGUUCGAAUCCCUAAAAACCGAGUUAAAAUUUCCCUUUGACAUUGAAAAAAUAAUAGACGACUGGAUUCUUAUGGGAUUUUUAGUCGGCAAUGAUUUCAUUCCCCACCUGCCUAAUUUACAUAUAGCCAAUGGAGCGUUACCAGUAUUAUACCACGCGUACAAACAAAUCCUACCAACCCUAGACGGCUACAUAAACGAGGCGGGUAAGUUGAACCUGGAGCGCUUCGAGAAGUUUAUGAACCAACUGUCGCACAUCGACGUUGAGCGUUUCGCAGAAACUCUCGCAGACCUCAAGUACUUCGAGGGAAAAACCGGAAGACGGCCAAACGAAAAUGAACGAACAAGCUACAGGAAAUCCAAAGACUCACCCGAGCAGCUGGACUCUCCUAUCAAGACACCAAUGAACAAAGACUUGAGCGCGUUGAUCCAGGCGACUGACGAGAUAUUGUUAGGUCAUUCUGACGAAGAAGAACUUAUAGACACCGAUUCAGACAACGAGAUGUACAAUCUUGAGUUUCUACAGCACAAACGCGACUACUACAUAAACAAAUUUGAAUAUGAAUUAGUUGACGCCUCAGUAAUGCGCUCUCAAGCUGAAGCUUAUGUCACUGCAAUUCAGUGGAACUUGCACUACUACUACGACGGCUGCUGCAGUUGGUCCUGGUACUACCCCCACCACUACGCUCCUUACAUUUCCGAUAUAAAAGGCUUCAAAGAUUUCAAGCUAAGCUUCGAUUUAGGCACUCCGUUUUUGCCUUUCCAGCAACUACUAGCCGUUCUUCCAGCAGCUAGUAAAGAACUGUUGCCUCCAGCUUAUCAAGGCUUGCUAACAGAAGAACGUUCGCCAAUAAUCGACUACUACCCCUUAGAUUUCAGGACCGAUUUGAAUGAAAAGAAGCAAGAGUGGGAAGCUGUAGUCCUUAUUCCGUUUAUAAACGAGAAGAAAUUAAUCGAAGCAAUGAGUCCUUGUGAAAAAUUACUGACUCCUGAAGAACUUCAGCGCAACCAACAUGGUCCAAUGAACAUUAUCACGUACACACAAGAUAAUUUAGGAUCUGUUAGAGCUCCUGAUUAUUUUCCCACGAUUGAGAGCCACGCAAAAAUCGAACUUCUGGAUCCUAAAGAAUUAAUCGUGCCAAUUGAUAAAUUAGUCAAGGGACUGUGUCCAAAUGUUAAGUUGCAUGUUUACUACUCUGGAUUCCCCACGAUGCAGCACAUCAAGCAUGAAGUUUGUCUAGACAAAGCCAAGGUCAAAGUAUUUGAACAGGCUUCUAGAGGAGAGAAUAUGAUAGUGUCAAUAUUACCUAAAGAACCUCCAACAAUAGAGAAAAUCUCCAGUGAGAUAUUAGGCAAGACUGUUUACAUUAAAUGGCCACACUUGGUAGAGGCUUUUGUAAUUGGAGUGUCUACUAAAGACAGCAAGUUCACUUUAAUAAACAUGAACCAUCCUUAUGGCAUGGAUAAUUUAAACCGGGAGUUUUUUAAAGACUCCUCUAAGAGUCAGUGGAGCUCUGAGUCAAAGAGCGUCGCGCUGGCUUAUAAAUCAAGAUUUGGAAUUGAUAUUGGGCAGACGAGCAUGCUGAUCCACGCGUGUCCUAUCUCCGGACGGAGGUACAUUUUAUCUAAUCAAGGCAGGCUUUCGUUGGAGAAAGAAUGGUCGAGCCACCCGUUUUGCUACCCUUAUCAGACAAUCGUGCGUGAUAUUGAAGUCGAGCAGGAAGGCUUUAUCACUCAUAAGAACAUCAGUGAUAUUUAUGUUCCUAAGAGCAUAUGUUUCAUGCUUGGGCAUCCGCAUUAUGGAGCGAUGGGUGACGUUAUUCCUCCCGGGAUAAAUACUAAGACUGGUCGUGUGAAGGUAGCUAUGAAAUUUUCUCCUGAGCCGGACUUCAGGGAGCUCAGGGAAGAGCAGAGUCAAUUGAGGAUGCAGUAUAUGUGUGGAAGCAUUGCUGCCCAGCGGCUGGGCAUCAGCAGCCACCUGCUGAGCCGCAUCACCGGGUCUAUUUUCGUCCUGCCUGAGCGCACCGCUGAACAGUCGACUCCUGAGCGCAAGCAGCAGAACAUCGGGCUGAAUUUGAAGUUCAAUAAGAAGAAUGAAGAGCUGCCGGGGUAUACUAAGAAGGUUGAGGGCCAGUGGCUAUACAGUUCGAAGUCUAUUGGACUAAUUCGAAGCUACAUGGAGAAAUAUCCGUUGUUGUUUGAGUACCUCGCGGUAAAUGCUAGUAAUGAUAUGUACAAUGAAGAUGAGGUCUUUAAUAACUGUGAUGAGCUUUCGGAGGUCGUUAAGUGGCUUAAGGAGCAACCUUUUAGGAGUGUCAAUUCUAGGAAUUGCGACGAAGAAGGUCUUGAUCCGGAGAUUGUGGGAAAAUUGCAACAACAAGUGGAUAAGUAUGUUGAAGAAGAGGGAAGUACUUCUAAGACUGUGCUGAUGCAAGUUAAGCCUCACUUGCUUUUUAAACCCGAGUUGAAUAAUGGUAACAUCCCGCCGGACCCUUCAGCUAAGCACAGGAUGUUUGAUAGAAUUAUUACGGUGAAAAAUGACUCCGCUGUGCCGCUUGGCUACAAGGGCACCAUCGUGGGGAUUCAAGGAACUGAAGAUGAAACAACUUAUGAUGUUUUGUUUGAUAAACCCUUUAUUGGAAAUAUUUCUUUCACUGGAGGAGCUACUUGUCGGAGAUACAAGUUACUGACCGCUGAGUUUAUUAAUAUCAGUCAUGGAAUUCGAGCUGAGCAGGAUAUCACUGGGCUUGGAAUGGUGAUGGAAAAAAUGGCUCGCAAGAAACAGCCCAGGGGUGAUACGGGUAGUAACAGUAAUAGCAAUAGCAAUGCUAAGUCUAGUGCUUUUGCGUCGUUUAAUAAACAUGAUAACUUCUUGCCAGUGUUCUGUAAGAAGGGAGCACAGGCUUCGGCACAAUCGCAGCAACAAAUACGGGUUAUGAAGAAAAAUGAACCUUUGAACUCGGUGAAUUUACCUGCUAAGAAUAAUAAUAAUAAUAAUAAUAAUAAUAAUAAUAAUAAUAAUAAUAAUAAUAAUACUGGGGGGAAUGGUAAAGUUAAUCUACCUGCUGCUCGUAAUUCUAAUCUGCAGACACAAAAACCUACAGUGCCUACAAGUAAUCAAGUUAAAGUGGCUCCUGCUACUACUCAGGCUAAUAAUUCUAAUGAAAAGGCUACUGAAUUUCAAAUGUUGUGGAAUGAACUACAAAAAUCCACGAUUGCGAGCGGAGCCAACGUCCAAAAGCCAAUGAAUUUCUCAAUGGUGCGACCUCAAGUGCCACCGGCGCCAGUAAAUAACUCGCCUCAAGACCCGAGUGCUUUUCUGAAAGCAGUCCUGAAAAUAUCCGACGACAAGCCUAGUGCCCCGACACCGUCAUCAGCACCAGCGGCAGUAAAUACCAACAUAAAACCCUUUAUAUUUCCGCCGACGCCGCUAGUACCGCCGUCAGCACCACCACUGGUACAACAAAUGUUCGAUCACGCGAGGCAAGCGAACAAUCGCAAGGAGACAGUGUCUUACAGCACACUAUUACUGAACCACUUUCAAGUGAUGAGACUUGGAACGCCGCGGUACUUUUAUCACACUGAAAAAAAUCUAGUAAAAGCUCAGAUUGUGCUCCCGAACAUGCAGAGUGUAUGGGGAGACUUGUGCUCCGAUCCAAAGCUCGCAGCUGAGAAUGUGUCCAUGAAAGUGUACAAAGAGUUGAACCUGGACAAAGGAAUUAAGCCUCAGCACUUCUUCGACCUACGUCCUCCGAACGCAUGGACCAACAAUCCACCUAACAUGCCAAUGAACAUGCAUCCGCCGAUGAACAUCCCGAUGAACAUCCAGCCGCCUUCGAACAUCAACUUGCAGUCCAUGAUGUCGCCACGUUCCUUCCCAGACCCGAGGAAGCCGCCCAUAAGACCUCCCACCAGCUGGAACCAGAUGCCACCGCAGACUCCAGCUCCUUUCACGCAGAUGGCUCCAAUGCCGCCAAUGCCCUCGAUGCACCUGAACCCUCAAGUUCGCCCGAUUCACCAGACUUCUUCAGGACUCGGACCAGCUCCGCAGAACCACCCCAAGCCCGGACCAGGAUUGACGGAUAAGCCCGAGGUGAUUAAACAGAGCACUCCGUUUGUUCCUCUCCAGGCACAGAAGAAGAACAAGCAGCGGAAGCCUAAAGAAACCCCGGAGGACAACAAAGACUUGGCGCCCAAGCCCGCCAAGACUAAAACUGUCAACAAUUCUCCCAAGGUUGAUAAUAAACCCAUUAACAAGGCUGCUAACGAACAGCUCGGGAUGUUCAGGGACAAUUCUCAGGUACAAAAAACACACAAACCUCCUCGGCAAAGAAAGUCCCGUAUUGCUGCCAAUUUUCCACCCACACCUGCGCCGGCUAAUGGAAAUAAUGCACAAUAA